UGUCUACACUAUGUAUAAUAAUCAAUGGAAGAAGCAUAACAAGGCAGAAAAAAGAACUUACAGAACACGGUGUAGAAGUGAAUAUAAUAAAGGUUCCAAUCUUUGUCGAUUAUGUGGUAAAACAUACGCUCGCCCAAGUACGUUAAAGACUCAUCUGCGAACCCACUCCGGUGAGAAACCUUAUCGUUGUUCAACUUGUGAUAAAGCGUUCUCCCAGGCAGCCAACUUGACUGCGCAUGUCCGAACUCAUAGCGGCGAGAAGCCUUUCAAGUGCAUGAUUUGUCAUCGAAGUUUUUCACAGAGUUCAUCGGUGACAACCCACAUGCGAACACAUUCCGGGGAGCGACCUUAUAAGUGCGCUCUAUGUAAGAAAGCGUUCGCCGACAGCUCCACGCUCACCAAACAUUUGCGAAUACAUAGCGGUGAGAAACCGUACCAAUGUAAACUGUGCAUGCUAAGGUUCUCACAGUCCGGUAAUCUGAAUAGGCAUAUGAGAGUCCAUAGCAGUCUUUAAAUCAUUACGUAAUUGCAGCCCGGUAAUCUGAAUCGGCAUAUGAGAGUCCAUAGCAGUCUUUAAAUCAUUACGUAAUUGCAGCCCGGUAAUCUGAAUCGGCAUAUGAGAUUCCAUAGCAGUCUUUAAAUCAUUACGUAAUUGCAGCCCGGUAAUCUGAAUCGGCAUAUGAGAUUCCAUAGCAGUCUUUAAAUCAUUAAGUAAUUGCAGCCCGGUAAUGUGAAUCGACAUAUGAGAUUACAUAGCAGUCUUUAAAUCAUUACGUAAUUGCAGCCCGGUAAUCUGAAUCGGCUUAUGAGAUUCCAUAGCAAUCUUUAAAUCAUUACGUAAUUGCAUCCCGGUAAUCUGAAUCAGCAUAUGAGAGUACAUAGCAGUCUUUAAACCAUACGUAAUUGCAGCCCGGUAAUGUGAAUCGGUACUUAUGAGAUUCCAUAGCAGUCUUUAAAUCAUUACGUAAUUGCAGCCCGGUAAUCUGAAUCGACAUAUGAGAUUCCAUAGCAGUCUUUAAGUAAUUGCAGCCCGGUAAUGUGAAUCGACAUAUGAGAUUCCAUAGCAGUCUUUAAAUCAUUACGUAAUUGCAGCCCGGUAAUAUGAAUCGACAUAUGAAAUUCCAUAGCAGGCUUUAAAUCAUUAUGUAACUGCAGAAUAAACCGUUUUGAUUUGUCGACAUCUAUUUGACGUUGGACGAAUAGUUUUAUUCAAUUUAUACACAAUGCAAUUAAAGAUUAAAAUCAAUGACGUCAUUAAUUAUACCCAAUGACGAAGUUACAACUAUAUUUAUGACCAUUAUUCUUUAUUUAUUAUGACUUGGUUAGAAAUAAUUAUUUAAUAAUUAUUAUAUUUUUCAAAUGUUUUGUUCAUAUUUGUUAUAUUUUAUUGGAAUAUUGUCAUUUGUUUGUAGAUUAUGAUAGAUAUGUAAUAUAAUUAUGUUGUUAUUUUGCAUUAUGUGUUAUUUCUGAAUUAAUUUCAAAAUGUCGAUAAAGAAAACUAUUUCUUUGUUUUACGUAAGUUAAUUUUAAGAAAUUAACGUGUUUAAAAUGCUGAUAAAGUAUUUUAUAUGCUAUUAUUUAUUGUUACUAUAUUGUUCAUUGCCACGGUGUUACAAGAAGACAUACAGAAAUGUCUAUAAUUCAACAUAUAAACUGGUUUGUUGAGACUUCGUGCCCUUGUAUUUAUUGUCAUUACCAAACCAUGUUAACUGAAGUUGUUGGUUGCAAUAAACAGGAAAAACAA